AUGUUCUUGUUAUCUGGCAGCAACUGUUCGUCGCCGCAACGCCUCACCCAGACCAGCACAAAAUCACCUCCCGGUGAGCAUAUCAGGUGCUUGUUGGUCGCCAACAUACUGACCGCCGCCUCUUCAGCCCCGCCAUUUCGAGUCCACCACGAACAUUUUGACAUCAUCGACAUCAUUUUGAGCAUCUCUGUCUCAGGCGACGUUUUUGAGCUGGCUUCGACGCAGCGAGACAAUUUUGGUGUCUUCGAGCUUGGUGAUUCCCGCUACAUGGCAUUCGACGGCAUACCAUAUGAGCCGCCAGUGCUUCAUAACCAGCCUCUUUUGGUGUCCGUCCUGGGGCUUCCGAACGCGCUAGAUUGCACCAACGCGGAAGAGCUCGAAUCUGUAUUGCGCAACGCAUAUGAGAAGGACGAUGUUUUUUGUGCACAAUUUCUUCAGGGCAUUAUUCUUCUUGCACCUGGGGAGUGCAAGAAAGAGCUUGCCAAAAAUGCACGCAGGCUUCUGUCCAAUCGUGGCAAUGUUUGGGUUGAUAUUCGGCCACAGCCGGAGCCAACUUUGCUACCAGGCACAUAUAUGAUCGAGAACACUCUUCUUCGGCGUGUACAUCGUUUAUAUGACGACGAACAGAAGGUCUUCAUGACAACUUUGAAACCAAAAAGCCUGCGAGGGGAGUUCGAACCAUUUGAACAGCUUCAGGUUGCUGGAAAGGCGUAUGCAACAUUGAGUGUUGCGGUACCUUCACGCUUGCAGUCCCGGCAUCUCAGAAUAGCCUUCAAAGACAUUUUUCGUGUACACGGGCUGAAGACUUCACUUUGCAACUCCUCGUAUUACCAAUUAUCUUCCCCGGCCCUACAAUCAGCGGGCGUAGUGCAGAAGCUGGUCAGCCGUGGUCAUCAUAUCCUGGGUCUGACGAAGCUCAGUUCCAUGAUUGCUAGGGAGGAGCCAUCCGACGCAGUGGAUUUCCAGACCGCUUUCAACCCACGAGGAGAUGGAUAUCAAUCUCCAGCCGGGAGCAGCAGUGGAAGUGCAGCCGCUGUCGCGUCAUAUGAAUGGCUUGAUUCUGCAAUUGGCACCGACACGUCUGGGAGCGGCCGAAGACCCGCAUUAGUCAAUGGAAUAUUUCAGUUUCGACCUUCACAUGAUGCAGUACCCUUGGAUGGGAUGGUCCCAACAUUCUCACAGUUCGAUACCCCAUGUGUCUUUGCGAGAAACCUCGAGGUUCUGGAAGACGUUCUGUCCGCGUGGGUGCCAAGGGUAGACUUGUCUCUGGAAAAGUCGAAUUCUGACCUCGAGAUCAUCUACCCCUUGGACUAUCUGCCGAAAGCCGUCCCUGGCCAACUGGCCAUCCUCGACUCCUUUGUAGACGACAUUGCGACGCAUCUUAAUGCGGCGAUCACGAGAAUCUCGAUACGCAAGUCUUGGGAAGCAGCGUCCCCGCCCAAUGCUUCUGACGACAUCGAAGUAUACCUCAAGGAUGUGAUAACUCAUACAUAUCACUACAGCUUUUACCACUCUUCUGAUGGAUUCAGAACCGAGUACUUAGAGAAGUUUGGCCACGAGCCUUAUGUGAUCCCCUUUGUGAAACAACGAUGGGCUUCCGGUGCUGCGGUAUCGACUGAGCAGUACAUUGAAGGGUUGCGGAAGCUUGAGGUCUACAGAGAUUGGUUACUGAGAAAUAUCUUCAAAACCAAGAAAGCUCUGAUGGUGCUGCCAAUAUCACCCGUCGAGCCGCAUUACCGCGAUGAAAGAAUAGAGUCACCGUCACAGCAAAGUGCAACCGAUGAGCUAUUUCUUUCGCCUAUUCUCCGCUCGCCAGACAUUGUUGUACCCAUAGGAGAGAUCCCUUACCAGUCUAGGAUCACGCGGGUUCAGGAGCUACUCCCAGUUGCUAUCAAUGUGGUAGGAACCCCUGGAAUGGAUUACUGGGUUCUGGAAUGCAUGAGGACGGUCCUCCAGAAAAGCGGACGGCCUUCCGAGGUCAAGGCUGGAAAGAGAAUGUUUUGA